CAACACACACACACACCCCUCUCCACCACCUCCCACACUCCACACACCCCUCCCCAAAAAAAAUAAGCCAUUCCGCAAUCGGACACGGGGGUAAUCUAUCGCCCACGAUCAGCAGGAACUUUUCUCUCUCUCUCUCUCUCUCUUUCUCUCUCUCCCUAUAAUGCACCCUACCUCCAGUAUGCUCGGCGCAGUGAAAAUGGAGGGACAUGAGCAUGCAGAUUGGAGCUCCUAUUAUGCAGAGUCCGAGGGGUACCCCACGGUGAGCAAUAUGAACGGGGGAAUUGGAAUGAACGGCAUGAACACGUACAUGACCAUGUCCGCCAUGGGCACCAGCGCCAAUAUGACAGCGGGUUCCAUGAACAUGUCCUACGUUGGCACAGGCAUGAGCCCGGCUAUGACGGGCAUGAGCCCGGGCGCGGGGGCGAUGAACGGCAUGGGGAGCGGGAUGUCGGGGAUGGGCAGCGCUUUGAGCCCCAGCAUGAGUCCGAUGAGCGCUCAGGCGACGUCCAUGAACGCCCUGACCUCCUACACCAACAUGAGCAUGAGCCCGCUCUACGGCCAGUCCAACCUGAACCGAUCCAGAGACCCCAAGACCUACCGCCGCAGUUACACCCACGCCAAGCCUCCUUACUCCUACAUCUCCCUCAUCACCAUGGCCAUCCAGCAGUCCUCCAGCAAGAUGCUGACCCUCAGUGAGAUCUACCAAUGGAUCAUGGACCUGUUCCCCUUCUACCGUCAGAACCAGCAACGUUGGCAGAACUCUAUCCGCCACUCGCUCUCCUUUAAUGACUGCUUCCUGAAAGUGCCCAGGUCCCCGGACAAACCGGGGAAGGGUUCCUUUUGGACCCUGCACCCGGACUCGGGCAACAUGUUCGAGAACGGCUGCUACCUGAGGCGCCAGAAGCGCUUCAAGUGCGAGAAGAAGCAAGCGCUCAAGAAUUCGCAGCAGGACGCCGGUCGCAAGUCUGCCGAGGGCUGCUCGGCCGGGAACGGGACCGACUCCAGCCCGGGGAAUGAGUCCCCCCAGUCCGGCAGCUCUCCCGGAGGAGGUGGAGGCGGUGGAGGCGGCGGCGGCGGAGGAGGAAGCGAGUCGAAGCGAGCCCUGGCCGACCUCAAGUCCCGCAGCUCCACUCUGAGCCCGGAGCACGGGAACGGAUCGGUCAGCCAGGCGCCCCCGCCUCACCUGAUGCACCAGCACCACUCAGUGCUAUCCCACCUCCCAUCGCCAGGCCAGGAUCAUCUGAAACCCGAGCACCACUACUCGUUCAACCACCCGUUCUCAAUCAACAACUUGAUGUCUUCCGAGCAGCAACAUCACAAAAUGGACUUGAAGGCCUACGAACAAGUGAUGCAUUACUCUAACUAUAGCUCCCCCAUGUCCGCCAAUCUCCCCAUGAGCUCUAAAGGCGUCUUAGAUCCAUCGUCCAUCGCCAACGACACGUCUUAUUACCAAGGUGUGUAUGCCAGACCGAUCAUGAACUCAUCUUAAAAACUUUUAUCCCCCCCUCCAACCCCCACUACCACCCCACCCCUUCUCACAAUCGGACUGGGCCAACUCUGUACAUUUUUGUAAGAA